CGCCAACCCUUUUCGAAGCCGCCCAACCAAAUCGAAAAAGGAGAGAGAGAGAGGCAAAGCCAACCCGGAGGCGAAGAAGGAAGAGGAGAAGGCGAAGAGGAGAGGGCGAAGAGGAGGCAUGGAGAAGGCCGCGCGGGUGGAGGAGCUGACUUCCGGCGCCAGCGGCCGUAUUAUCCCCGUCUUCAGGAACAUGAGGAGGUCCGUGCCGUCGCUGGCAUCGCUCCUACGCGUGGUCCUUUUGUUGCAUUCUCUCGCCACGUGGUUCCUCCUCCUUAUUCUCCGACGUAAUCCCAUCUCAUCUCGCACGGCGGCGGCGAGUUCUCCUCGGCGGAAGACGGUCAAGGGCCGGUGGUCGAUGGCCGCGGAGGAGGAGGACGUGCGGCGGCGGCGGGAGAUCGCCGAGGGGGUGGAGAUGGUUUCCCCGUCGGAGGAGAUGAUGUGGCGCGGGGAGACGUCCGUGUUCGAGGGAACGAGGAGAAGGGCGCUCUUCUGCCGAUCGUGGAUGCCGAUGUCGGGAGAUUUGAGGGGUAUAAUGUUGAUAAUACAUGGGCUUAAUGAACAUAGUGGAAGAUACGCUCACUUUGCUAAGCAACUAAUGGCAUGCAACUUUGGAGUAUAUGCAAUGGAUUGGAUAGGCCAUGGUGGGAGUGAUGGAUUGCAUGGAUAUGUACCUUCACUAGAUCAUGUUGUUGAAGACACAGGAAAAUUCCUAGAAAAGAUCAAAUCUCAGAAUCCUGAUACACCCUGUUUCCUUUUUGGUCACUCCACUGGUGGAGCAGUGGUUCUGAAGGCCGCUACUUUUCCUCAUAUUGAGGCUUUGGUGGAGGGGAUCAUAUUGACAUCUCCAGCUAUUCGUGUAAAGCCUGCUCAUCCAAUAGUUAGGACUAUGGCACCCUUCAUCUCUAUUGUACUGCCGAAAUUCCAAUUCAAGGGGGCUAACAAAAAGGGAAUCCCAGUAUCAAGAGACCCAGCAGCUAUGUUGGCCAAGUACUCAGAUCCUCUAGUUUACACUGGACCGAUCAGAGUUCGGACAGGCCAUGAGAUCCUACGCAUAACCUCUUAUCUGAUGCAAAAUCUCAAGUACAUCACCCUGCCUUUUUUGGUGCUGCAUGGGACUGCUGACCGGGUCACCGAUCCAUUGGCAUCGCAGGAUUUGUACAACCUUGCUUCGUCUAAACACAAGAAUAUAAAGCUCUAUGAGGGCUUCUUACAUGACCUUCUGUUUGAGCCAGAGCGUGAUGAAAUUGGAGCAGACAUAAUCAAUUGGAUGCUCAAGAGGCUGCAACAGAAGCAGUUGUAAUUAUGCUCGUUGUUCCUUGCCAGGUAUUUCGUUAAUUUGUAAAUAUAGUCUUUCAAUGCUUUGUUAUCCGACGAUUACGUUUCAACUCAACUUCUUGUCCAAAUAAUAUGAGCCAUAGACGGUUCUAUUGUUCGUUUUCUUUUA